AGCAUCUGGUAUUGUAAUAUACAAUCUCAAGCUGGUCUAUAUAUAACGAGGCAUGUAAUGGGCUAGAUGUACAACAUCAGUUUCCACAAGGAAUAUUGCCAAGCUUAUCUGAAAAUACACACAGACCAAUAUGGCAGCCGAUGUUGUAUGGGUUGCACCUUGGGGUGGUACUGGAGGCAAUCCGUGGCAUUUCAUAAUACCUGAUGAUGCUAGGCUUUUCGAGAUCAUUGUAACAAGUGGUGAUGUUAUAGAUUCCAUCUACUUCACUUACAUGGAUCAGUCUGGGACCCAUUCUUCUCCAAAAUAUGGUGGCUCGGGUGGCAUACCUCAAUGGGUUUCCUUCAGUGACGAGGAGGUCCUCAUCGGGAUUAGCGGAAAUUUCAAAGAAUAUGAAAAUUACACCGUGAUUACGUCAUUCUCUGUCCAGACCAACAUUUGCACUUAUGGGCCAUUCGGCUUAGGUGGGGGGUCUAAUUUCUCGAUUCAGCUUGCAUCAGGCACGUUUGCCGGAUUUUAUGGAAAGUGUGGGAUUUACUUAGACGCUUUGGGUGUCAUUCUUAAGCCAUAACAUGACAUAUGGUCGCAUGCAUGCACACAUGAAAAAAAAUACAUGCAAGUUGUUUUUGAUAUGCAUUGAUGCAAAUGUUAAAUGUUUGUAUCGUUUAAUUUGUCUUCUAUGUCGUAGUUGCAUGUAUUUGUAUUUUAAGAUCAUAUGUCGCUAGUUUCUUCGAUGUGAGACAGAAAAAUAAGGUCGCGUAAGAAGUUACAAUUACAAUAAGCAUGAACGAUGGGUACCCUUGUUGUGCAUUUGGUUUUUUCAUGUACCGCUUGAAGAAGCAUCUAUAUGAAUAUUUCAUAUUUUCUUCUUUGCUAA